GCAUUCCAACUGUGUCAUUUUCCUUACUUGACAGGUUUUUAUUUGGCAACAGCACCAUUAUAAGAAUCAAAGCUCUGCCACUUCCCUUUGAAACUGAUCCAGUUCUUUGAAAUGGCCAUCCCAACUGUGGAUCUUUCUCUGUUUUGUAGAGAAGGCGAUGAUGAAGGCAAGAAGAAGGCGUUUGAAACCAUAACCGAAGCCUGCUCCAGCUAUGGCUUCUUUCAAAUCGUGAACCAUGGCGUACCCAUUGAAUUUCUCAGUGGAGCUCUGGAACUGUCCAGAACUUUUUUCCAAUACCCAGAUGAUGUAAAGCUCAAAUAUAGCUCCAAGCCUGGCGCUCCCCUUCUCGCUGGUUUCAACAAGCAGAAGGACAAAUGUGUGGACAAGAAUGAGUAUGUUCUUGUUUUUCCUCCUGGAUCCGCCUACAACAUCUACCCCCAAGAACCACCACAAUUCAAGGAAGUGCUGGAAGAGAUGUUCUUGAAACUAAGCAAAGUGUGCUUGCUUCUAGAGAGCAUUGUAAACGAUUGUUUGGGUCUUCCUCCUGGUUUCCUCAAACAAUACAACGAUAACAGAACCUGGGAUUUCAUGACUAAUCUCUACUACUUCCCUGCUGCUGGAGACAAUGAAAAUGGACUCACUCACCAUGAAGAUGGAAACUGCAUCACCUUAGUUAUCCAGGAUGCAGCUGGAGGGCUUCAAGUCCGCAAAAAUGGAGAAUGGAUUCCAGUUACCCCUGUCCAAGGAGCUAUAGUAGUCAACAUUGGAGAUGUUAUUCAGGUGUUGAGCAACAAGAAAUUCAAGAGUGCAACACACAGAGUGGUGAGGCAAAAGGGAAAAGAGAGAUUCUCUUAUGCAUUCUUCCACAACUUGCAUGGGGACAAGUGGGUUGAACCACUGCCACAUUUCACCAAACAGAUUGGAGAGAAGCCUAAAUACAGAGGAUUUGAGUUCAAAGAAUACCAAGCCUUGAGACUCAAGAACAAAACCCAUCCACCUUCCAGAGUUGAGGAUGAGAUCCACAUCACACACUAUGAAAUCAGUUGAUAAAUAUCAUAUAGCCAAUAUGAUCUAUCUCAAGCCAUCGAGAAAAAUAGUGUACCAGCACUUUCUCCUGCUGUCUGUUCUGUUGCUUUUACCGUCUUGUACUUGAGAGUGUCGUUUAAGGUCACAUGUUGUUGUAGUGUGUUUUCCAUUUCAUCAUCCGACAUCCUGCAGUCUUUACAUUAGAAAUCUAAUAAGGGAAAAAAAUAGUGCUUUGUCCUGCGCGCUACAACAAAUUUUCCUGGUUUAGGUGCUCCAAUUUCGCUCGCUACUAUUACAGGAAUCAUUUUUGCUUUCUUUUCUUCUGAUUACUAAGAUGUUUCAGUUUG